AUGUCUGUUCCUUAUAUCGCCAUGGACCCAGCGAUUAUCAUUGCUGUCCCGUAUUGCCACAUCUGGUCACCGACGCGCUCGGAGGAAAGUGGCGGCGAUAAUACCUGGGCAUUUUGUUCAUCACAAUUUCUGUCGGCUACGCAGAAACUCCUGGAAAGGCACGCGAAGCGCGACGCGUCCGUGCGUCUCAGCCCGCUCGCAGCUCCCAUUCCCGUGAUGCCAGAGCUUCGCCACCCAAAGCCCAUACGGGCAUACCGGUACGUUCCAAGCUGGGUAGACGACUGGGACAAGGCCGGGGUUCUGGAGGACUCGCCAUCCUGCACGCCACAAUCACCCGCGACACCUACCGAAUCGUACUCUCAUAUGGAUAUCACCGCGGACUAUCCCGGGCUGGGGAAUGGGUGCAGUGGUAAGGCAGGGGAGGACUACUCUAUCUGCCGGAGACCUGCUUCGACGAUAUCCGAGCUGUCUCAUUACCUUCCCCUCGAGGUCCUGGAGGAGCUUGGCCUCUCUCCCAGUGCUUCUAACGCAAGCUCGGGGUAUCCCGACACACCAGCGACGAGCGUGCACAGUUCGGCAUGCGCAGAUCCCCGCCACGUCCAGCUGCUGGAGACGCUUGUCACCGAACGCAAGCAGCAGGCGUGGCGCAUGGCGGAUGACGACCCACCAUGUGGCGAGACGGCCACCGCCCAUCGUCAUGAGCAGCUACUCGGGGCGGUGCUGCAGGACAUCGAGGAGCUAGUGCAAAGCUCGGCGGUUGUGGCGCGCGCCAGCUCGCGGCCUGGUCUUGUGCAUUGCUCGUCCGAUGCACACUGCAGCUCCUGGAGAGACGCAUCUCAUGCGUCGGACGCCUCCAUCUUGGGCACCCUCGGCAAGCCCUUGUCGGAGCAUCAGAGCCCGCGCAUGCAACUGCAAGACGAAGGGAGGGAGCAUAGGGAGGUGUUGUUGGGCAUCCUCAAUGAACCCCUCAGGAACAUCGAGGGGCGCCGUCGUGGGCAGUAUUGCAGGGGCGAGUGGUAG